CCGCAGGAGUAGGAGCCGAAGUCAGCAAGCUGGCCACCACAAGCUAUCGGCUGGUUGUGGCGCCGGCCGGCAGCCAACGCAGCGGUGGCAAUGUCGUCGUCACCACAAGCGGCGGCGGCGGCGGUGUUGGCACAGCCAAUAAUGCAACCGUUGUGAACACCGUCGGCGGUGGCAGCAACAACAGCUCCAACAGCGGCGGCCUCAAUGUCACCACGAUCACGACAACGAGCAGCGGCACCCAGGCGCAAUCCUCAUCGGGCGGCAAUCAAAGCAAUGGCACCACCUACAAAAUCGAGAUGCUCGACGAUGACAUCCAGAGUCUGGCCACCGAUGACGAUGACGACGAGCUGAUCAGCAGCGAUGGCAGCUUAUACGAUGGCGAUCUCAAUACCAUUGCGGUCAACGACGAUGUGGCCAAUCAACUAGCCGCUGCUGGUCCGGUGGGCGUGGCCGCCGCUGCAGCCAUUGCGAGCUCGAAAAAGCGCAAGCGUCCGCAUUGCUUCGAAACGAAUCCAUCGGUGCGCAAGCGUCAACAGAAUCGCCUGCUACGCAAGCUGCGCGGCAUCAUCUACGAAUUCACCGGUCGUGUGGGCAAACAGGCUGUUGUGCUGGUGGCGACGCCGGGCAAACCGAAUACCAGCUACAAGGUGUUCGGUGCCAAGCCGCUGGAGGAUGUGCUGCGCAAUCUGAAGAACAUUGUGAUGGACGAACUGGACAAUGCGUUGGCCCAACAGGCGCCGCCGCCACCCCAAGAGGAUCCGUCGCUGUUCGAGUUGCCUGGCCUGGUGAUCGAUGGCAUUCCCACGCCCGUCGAGAAGAUGACGCAGGCGCAACUGCGCGCCUUCAUACCGCUGAUGCUGAAGUACUCGACGGGACGCGGCAAACCCGGCUGGGGCAGAGAGUCAACGCGUCCGCCGUGGUGGCCCAAGGAGUUGCCGUGGGCGAAUGUCCGCAUGGAUGCCCGCUCCGAGGAUGACAAGCAGAAGAUCAGCUGGACGCAUGCGCUGCGCAAGAUUGUCAUCAAUUGCUACAAAUACCAUGGACGCGAGGAUCUCUUGCCCACAUUCGCCGACGACGAGGAUAAGGUCAACGCUCUGAUAUCGCAGUCGGGCGACGAGGACGAGGACAUGGAACAGCUAUCGAAUACGCCCACCAUACAGACCGUGCAAACCGUGACGCCGGCGGUGAGCACCAACAGUCAGCCACAGCAGGUGAAUGUGGUGAAGAUCAACAGCGCCGGCACAGUGAUCACCACGCACACGGCCCAAACGAAUACGCCGGCACCGACAAUAAUCCAGAGCACGAACAAUCAGCAUGUGACCACAACGGCAACGCUGCCGGCCUCGACGAAAAUCGAAAUAUGCCAGGCGCCAGCACAGCAGCAACAUCAACAGCAGCAGCAGCAACAUCAUCAGCAACAACAGCAACAGCAUCAUCAUCAUCAUGGCAGCAAUACGGUGCACAUACAGGCAGUGACACAGGGGCAACCACAGACGAUACAGCUGACAACGGCGAGUGGAACGGCAACGGCGACGGCGGUGCCGACGACAGCAGCAGCUGUAAGUGCAUCAGCGGCAGCGGCUGCCGUCGCUCAACAGCAGCAACAGCAGCAGCAGCAGCAACAACAACAGCAGCAGCAGCAACAACAACAAUCAAAUGCUGCCCAAACAGUCACCGCCCAACAGAUUGCCAAUGCCCAAGUUUGCAUCGAGCCCAUUACGCUCAGCGACGUUGAUGUUCGUACUAAUCUCUCAGAACUUUAUACGACACAGACCGUGCUGUCGCAGAAUGCUGAUGGCACCGUUUCCCUCAUCCAGGUGGAUCCCAAUAAUCCCAUCAUUACGCUGCCCGACGGCACCACCGCCCAAGUGCAGGGCGUGGCAACGCUACAUCAAGGCGAAGGCGGCGCCACAAUUCAAACGGUGCAGAGUCUGACCGAUGUGAAUGGGCAUGAGAAUAUGGUUGAUCUGACCGAGGCGCAAGAUGGACAGAUCUUUAUUACCACCGAGGAUGGCCAGGGAUAUCCGGUGUCCGUGAGCAAUGUCAUUUCGGUGCCCGUUUCGAUGUAUCAAUCGGUGAUGGCAAACAUGCAGCACAUUCAGAACAGCGAUGGCAGCACCGUCUGUCUGGCGCCCAUGCAGGUAGAUAACAGCAGCAGCAACAACAACAACCACAACACACGCAACAACAGCGGCAACCACAGCAACAACAACAAUUGUAGCAGUAGCAAUAGUAGUAGUAAUAAUGCAGCCUCGUUGCUUGGCAUUUCGGUGCUCAAUGCCAGCGGAAUGUUGAAUCGUCGCACUGCGUCGGCAGCAACAACUGUUGCAAGUGCUGCAGCUGCAACAGCGCAGCCGGCAGCUGCUGCUGCGAUAACGCUGCAAGCGCCGCCAAUGACGCGUCUCUUUUGGGCCGCCAGUGGCAGUGGCAACAGCAGCAUCAGCAGCAGCAGCAACACGUUUAACAACAAUAACAAUAGCAUGCUCACUAACAACAACAUCAACAACAACAAUAACAACACUAUCAAGCGCUUGUUGCCAGUUGUGGCUGCAACACCGCCAACAACACCGACAACAACAACGCGUCGUCGCGCGGCCGCAGCGCAAAAGCGUCGCAAGCAGCCAAGCGGCAGCAAGUUGUCGCCGUGCGGCAAGAGCGGCGGCGAUGUUGCUGCUGCUGCCGCAGCCGCAUCGCCGGCAUCUAUACGCUGUGUGGACAGCGCGAGUCUGACGACGAGCAGCGCGCAGGCGCAGCUGCCGGCAAAAACCAUUAAAGUGGAACACUUGGAGUAGCACCCAGACCACGCCGCCUUCUCCCCCACUCUCUCACUCUCUAACAUACCCCUCACUCUUCCCUCACAAACAAAAAGCGACUGCCAAGCUGCAGUCCUCAAAGGCUCCAAAGCAAGCUAACCAAUCUAGUCAAAGCGGCGCUGCAAGCACAAAACAAACACACACACACAUACACACGCACACACACUUGCCAUACAUGCAUGUACAUAUAGAUACGCACACACACACAAGCGCACAAAGGAAUGUGAAUGCCAACAAACAAACCAAAAAAAAAAAAAAAAAGUUAAAAAACCACAAAUCAAAUUAAUUGUACACAAAUUAAUACAAAAAACUACUAACCACGCCCCUUGCCCCUUACCCCUUGCCCACACCCCCAAAAACCCCUUUAACUGAAUUUACACUAAGCGCAAACCAAAAAGAAAAAAAAUAAGAAUAAUUUCUAUAAUUUGUUGAUAAUUGAAGCCAAAACCAAAACACACACACGCAUAAAACUAAACAAAAUCAAAUCAAAUUUGUAUCAUGUUCCUAGCAAUCGUCAAAAACAAAAAACAAAAACAUCAAUUAUGGAAUUUCUUAGUUAAUUAUGUAGUUAUAUCAUUACAUUUAUGCUUUUAUUUUUAGUUUUACCAUAUAUUUUUUUUCGUUAAUUUUAGUUUUGUAAAAUCGAUUAACAUAGUUAAAACCAUGCAACACAAGCCAAAAAUUAACGUUAAUUUUAAUUCAAACAAAACAAAAAACAAAAAUGUAACUUUUUUUGUGCAAUCUAUGGAAAAUGUUAUGCAAUUGAUUGAAUGUAGCUUAAUUGAAUAUUUGAAUUUGUAAGGCAAACAGGAAACAAAAAUUUCUCACAUUGCCACUUGAAUAGAAAUUCAAGUUUUAUUUGAAAUUUUACAAAUUCCCAAAACUUCUUUGGGAACAGCUUUGUAAAGUGAGAAAAAAGUAGCAUAUAAAUCAUCGAUAAAUGAAAUCAUAUAGUCAUCUUGUUAAACUCUCGUCCAACGUAGCCAAUUUGCAUUCAAAAUGUAGCAAGUAAAAAGAAAAAACUAACCCGAAAGUGAAUUAAAAAAUAAUAUUAAAGAACCGCCGCCCACAUUUGCCAUUGAAAACACACCAAAAAAAAAAAAAAAACAAAAA